AUGUUUGAGGAAAAUUCUCCUUCAAGACAUUCGGCGAGGCUCACCCACCCGGAAAACUCCCCAGAAACCAACACCACAACGAGUCCUGUUCCAGGGGACGAGGAAAAGACGGGCCCCAUCCCAGUGGACACCAGCAACAGCUUUGGUUCCUGUGGUGGGGGGCCAGCGACCCCCAGCUCCCCCCAGCAUCACCCGGCCGAGCUGCAGCGGCUCAUCUCCAGGCAGAAGGCGGAGUAUGAAUCCAAAAUAGCAAGACAUUCGGCGAGGCUCACCCACCCAGAAAACUCCCCAGAAACCAACACCACCACAAGUCCUGUUUCGGGGGACGAGGAAAAGACGGGCCCCAUCCCAGUGGACACCAGCGACAGCUUUGGUUCCUGUGGUGGGGGACCAGAGACCCCCAGCUCCCCCCAGCAUCACCCGGCCGAGCUGCAGCGGCUCAUCUCCAGGCAGAAGGCGGAGUAUGAAUCCAAAAUAGCAAGGCUGGAGCAGCGGAACAGAGCGCUGCAGGCGGAGGUUAAGGCCACGCGCUGGAAACUGGGGCAGCAGCGCAAGUGGCAGGGGCUGGUGGAGAUGAAAAUGAGAAACGCAGAGAGGGCGAGGGAAGAUGCCGAGAGGAGAAACGAAAUGCUCCAAAAAGAAAUGGAAGAGUUUUUUGAAACCUUCGGGGAAAUUAACAGGUGGAAGUAAAGAGGAGCUUGUGCAGUUUAAAAUAACCGCAGGAGAGAGAAAGGCCGUAUUCUGAGUCCAGCACCAACUCCCAUUUCAGAGGUGAAAUAAGAAACCCAACCACAAAAACUAGGCUGGCAGUUCAAAAACAAGCUGUUGAUACAACCUUGUUGGGAUCCCCGAACUCCAGGAGCUCUGCACCACCCUGCUAACACCAGGGAUGCUCUCCCUUACCACCAGGAAAACCCUUUCAGACACACUUUGCACCACCAGCUCCCCAGGCAGCCCACGCAGCGCGCUGGGGAAGCCCCCUGGCAUUUCUGGGCUUGCCUCGAGCCUGGUACCAAGGCACUAAAUGCUUAAAUGGCCAAGCGGCUUUAAUUAAGGGAUGUCAUGCUGGUUGGAGUGCGUUUUACCAGCCACCCCAGAAGUCACACAGGUAUUAUAUGGACUUUAAUGAGUGCUAAACUCAUCUGCGUCCCAGUGAGCUGCUUCAGAGAGAAAUACAGAGACACAACGAGCCAACACGCAGCUCCCUACAGCUCCCACCAGCUCUCUCACACCACCCUGAGCUUGGGAUCCAGAGCUUUAGUGCAAUUCCUGUCCCCUCACUGAGGGAUGGAUAUGCAUUCACAGAGGAGGAAGACUCCUCUUACAAAGGCAUUUGCUCCUCUGGAUUAUAAUUACCCUUCCAACAGGACUCCUGUAAGAACACAUUAGUCUUAAGAUGGUCACCAGCAGACUCCCUCACUCGCAUCUCCUCAGAGCUACCUCUCCCCACACGAGAGAGGUGCCACCUGCUUCGAUACCAGCAUUACACCCCUUACACUGUUAAAUAUCAAGAAAAUAACUGCUGCUCUUCUAUCUACUGCAGAAGAACUUUA